AAAUCAAGGGACCAAAUCGCAAAUUGUUAUAUUUAUUUUUGUGGCCACAGAAACACAAAACCAAUCAGAAUCCCACGACGACGACGACGACGAUGACGAUGGCUUCUCUCGCGACUUCCAUCGCCGGAACUGGAACCUCCAAGAUUCUCAUUUCGUCAACUUCAAAUAAAAUUGGGUUUCCCGUAAUCUCAUAUCCCAACUCGAGAGUCUUCUUCCUUUUCUCUAAAGCUGGGAUCUUUCCCCGAUCGGCGAUACGUGCUUCGAACCAAGAGGAAGCCACGGUUUCACCUUUCGAAUCCGUUGCAUCAUCGCCGGGCCUCUACUCAGCUCAGACUUUCGAUUUGACUCCUCAAAACGUCGACCUUGUCCUCGAAGAUGUUAGGCCGUUCCUUAUCUCCGACGGUGGGAACGUCGACGUUGUCUCUGUUGAAGACGGUGUCGUUUCUCUCAAACUCCAAGGCGCUUGUACUAGCUGUCCGAGUUCUUCAACAACGAUGACGAUGGGAAUCGAAAGGGUACUCAAGGAGAAGUUUGGAGAUGCUUUGAAAGACAUUCGACAAGUUUUCGAUGAAGAAGUUAAGCAUAUAACCGUGGAGGCAGUGAAUACUCAUCUUGAUAUACUGAGACCAGCGAUCAAGAACUACGGAGGAAGUGUGGAAGUUUUAUCAGUUGAAGGCGAAGACUGUGUUGUGAAGUACGUUGGACCAGAAUCCAUUGGAAUGGGAAUUAAAGCAGCGAUUAAAGAAAAGUUCAAGGACAUUUCUAAUGUUACCUUUACAAGCUAGACACUAUAUAUAUUAAAAAACACAAAGUUGCUCUUUGUUUGAGCUUAUUUCAUUUUGUAAUGUACACAUCACUAGUAGUCUCCUAGAGCCAUCUUGCAAGGUUGAUCAAGAACGGUGUGUAGACAAAGUAGUAUGUUGUUGUCCAAGUGAUCAAUCCCUUCACAAGAAAACAAAAAGAAACUCUUUUAUAUUGUUUUUGCUUAAAUAAGAUGCAUGUAUAAACACUC